CUGUGAAAGGUUGAACAUGGCGAGCUCCUGUAAACGCUUUGGUGUUAUAUAGCCACGCUGUGUUUGUGUAGCCGGCCUAUUUUUUUUUAUUGCGCACGGAUAUUAAGUGCAUGUGUUGCAUUACUCAGUGUUGAUAUAAAACACACAGAUAUAAAAGCAGUAGAAUGUUUCAGGCAGUAGUUCGGAGCCGGACUCCUGCUGCUGUCCUUGUCUCUCCUCGGUUCGGGGUGCUGGUGGACAGUGUGCGAGGCAGAAAGUCCCGCAGUGACCCGAAAGCCAAGUCAAAAGCGGGUCGGAUUAAAACCCCUCCUGCUGUGGAUCCUGUAGAGAUGGUGGUGCUGAAGGAACGAUACACUCAGUAUGACCUGAUCAUGAGGGCACUCAGGUUACAGUUUAAAGAGGAGAUGCUGCGGAAGCGCUAUGAGGAAGAGACUGGCUCUCUGGCAGAGGAGAGAGCCAAGCUUGAGGCUGAGGAACACAGAUCAUUAAUGGCAUGGAAUGAUACUGAGAACCUCAGGCUGUGUAAAAUACGUGAGCUACGUGUGCAAAAAGAGAAUGAGGCUGCUGAACAGAGAAGGAGAGAGGCAGCAAAUCUGCAUCAACAAGAGCUGGAAAAACACAUCAAACAAAAAGAGAAAGAAAUCCUGCAGUUACAGGAAGAGGCAAAGAACUUCAUUACAUUAGAGAAUUUGAAUGAACGUAUCGAAGAGGCAUUGGACAACCCGAAAAACUACAACUUUGCUGUAAAUAAAGAAGGACGAGUGGUUAAACGGACUGCAUUCCAAUAAGAAAUGCUGAUCAAAAGCCAGUUAUGAGACUCCUGUUUAUUUGCUUGUCACUGUUAAAAAGAAUAUGUCUGACGUUAAACAUCCACUGUCAUGAAGUGUUGCUUGUUUUUUUAUUUGUGUUUCAGUAAUUAAAUAUAAUUACAAUAAAA